UACUCCACUCAUCAACCAUCAGAAUCCUCCACUCCAUUGAAAACCUCACAAUCAAUCGAACCAACAAUGUCUCCAACAAUGACAGACACAAGUCCUUCUAGUACAUUGAAAAGUGAUACAUCUACUGUUUUUCAGACCUCUGAGGGAUCAACUGUAUUUAAAUCAUCUGCUUCUACUGGAGAAGUAUCUCCAUCAACCUCACCUCUUGUUCCAUCGCACACCUCCCCAGAAACACAAACAUCAACACCACCUGAAACAUCACAUUCUGUGGGCACAUCACCCACCAUGACUGUGAUCUCCACAUCCUCUACUCAUCAACCAUCAGAAUCCUCCACCCCAUUGGAAACCUCUCAAUCAAUUGUACCAACAAUGUCUCCAACAAUGACAGACACAAGUCCUUCUAGUACAUUGAAAAGUGAUACAUCUACUGUUUUUCAGACCUCUGAGGGAUCAACUGUAUUUAAAUCAUCUGCUUCUACUGGAGAAGUAUCUCCAUCAACCUCACCUCUUGUUCCAUCGCACACCUCCCCAACAACACAAACAUCAACAUCACCUGAAACAUCACAUUUAUCUACAUCAUCAGAAGUUUCCACAUCAACAGAAUCAACAUCAUCUGUGGGCACAUCACCCACCAUGACUGUGAUCUCCACAUCCUCUACUCAUCAACCAUCAGAAUCCUCCACUCCAUUGGAAACCUCCCAAUCAAUUGUACCAACAAUGUCUCCAACAAUGACCGACACAAAUCAUUUUAAUACGUUGAAAACUGACACAUCUACUAUUUCUCAAACAACUGAGGGAUCAACUUUAUCUAAAUCAUCUUUUUCUACUAUAGAAGUAUCUCCAUCAACUUCACCUCUUGUUCCAUCGCACACCUCCCCAACAUCACAAACAUUAACAUCACAUGAAACAUCACAUUCCUCUCCAUCAGAAGAUUCUCCAUCAACAGAAUCAACACCCUCUAUGGGCACAUCACCCACCAUGACUGUGAUCUCCACAUCCUCUACUCAUCAACCAUCAGAAUCCUCCACUCCAUUGGAAACCUCCCAAUCAAUUGUACCAACAAUGUCUCCAACAAUGACCGACACAAGUCCUUCUAGUAAAUUGAAAACGGAAUCAGGGAGUAUUUCUCAAACAUCUGAGGGAUCAACUUUAUCUAAAUCAUCUUUUUCUACUAUAGAAGUAUCUCCAUCAACUUCACCUCUUGUUCCAUCGCACACCUCCCCAACAUCACAAACAUCAACACCACCCGAAACAUCACAUUCAUCUCCAACAUCAGAAGAUUCUCCAUCAACAGAAUCAACACCCUCUGUGGGCACAUCACCCACCAUGACUGUGAUCUCCACAUCAUCUACUCAUCAACCAUCAGAAUCCUCCACUCCAUUGGAAACCUCACAAUCCAAUGUACCAACAAUGUCUCCAACAAUGACCGACACAAGACCUUCUAGUACAUUGAAAAGUGAUACAUCUACUGUUUAUCAGACAUCUGAAGGAUCAACUGUAUCCAAAUCAUCUUCUUCUACUGGAGAAGUAUCUUCAUCAACGUCACUUCUUGUUCCAUCGCACACAUCCCCAACAUCACAAACAUCAACACCACCUGAAACAUCACAUUCAUCUCCAUCAGAAGUUUCUCCAUCAACAGAAGGAAAAAUAUCUCUGGGUACUUCAACACCCUCCGUAACUUUACAGACAUCACCAACAUCAGGGACUUCAUUGCAUUCUGAACCAACACUGCACUCCUCAACAGUUAUGGAAAUGUCAAGUAUUUCUAAGUCUACCUCAACCAGGCCAACUGUCCAAACGUCAAGUAUUCCUCAAACAACAUUAUCAGAAUCCUUGACAGUAACGCCAAUUAUUACUCAUUUUGGAACAACAGAAAUUGGCACACCGAGUUCUUCAGUGGAAUCAAAACCAACAAUACCGGCUGAGACUUCAUAUUCAAUACCAACUCAUCCGACUUCUGAAACAUCAGAAAUCAUUCCAACAAGUUCAUCUACUGAAACAUCUUUUUCAAGUGAUAAACAGACUGGCCGGGUCACAUUAGCAUCACUAUCCAGCACUUCAGAGUAUAUUACAGGAAGAAUAAGUUCUACUGGAUUAAAGGUUUCAACAUCCAGAUCAUCAACAAUAUGUCCUCCUCAUACUUCUGGUGAUAACUGUGAGAAUGGAGACAAUGAAGUUGGCCUUGUUUUAGGUAAGAACUGGGGGUGUGAGGGAUAUGUAUGGGGUGAAAUCAGAUACAACUAAUGUUAUCGCUUUCCAAGAAAUCCCACUCCUAGCUUUGGUCUUGUAGU